ACCAAGUGUCGAGAGCAGUGGUGGGAGAUGCGGACAGGACGUAAGGAAGACGUCAAUAAAGAGAGUAGAUUCCUCAGCGCAAUGGAUCAAAUGCUGGCUAUUCUCUUGCUCCUCCACCACGUCCAUCUUAGCUCCGCUGACACGGAGGAGGUGCAGGUGCAGGUGCAGGUGGUCAUCAACAGCACGCCCUGCAGCGUCACGUGCGGCAUGGGCGUCAAGGUGCAAACGGUUUGCAAGCUGAAAGAUGGCCAGAAGGCACUGGAGGAGAAACAUGAGGCGUUUCCCCAAGGAGACGAGGAAUUGGAACAGUGUCAUGAUGUGGAAGUGAGGUGUCGAGAGUCGUGGCAGUGUGGACUAAAGACAGUCACCAUGACAACAGGCGAGAGGCUGGAGCUCAACUGUCUGGUGGAGAACAACAAAAAGCUGGUGAAUAAGCUCUUGUGGAGGGUGUCAUGGCACCGCGCCACAGGGGUGAUCAGCUCUGAUGACUCGCUCUUCGCUCGCUGGGAGAGUCCGCAGGUUGACCUGGUCGUUCUGGACCCGGUCAAGGAGGAAGAUGCAGGAACAUACCGCUGUGACGUGCUGGAUGCCAAUUUCAGAAGGUUGAAAACGGUUUACUGGGGAGUCCGAGUGCUGCCAAGAGGAGUCCUGAAUCUGGACUACGACCACGCUCAGAGUGUGUGGGAGUCACCUUGGCACUGGAAGAAGCACAUUGUGUCAAUCCAGCAUGACGCCCGGAUCCUCUGGCUUUAUAUCAUGCUGACUAUUUUGAGCCUUCUCAACGUGGCAGCGGUGGUCAUCCUGGUGGUGAGGAUGUUGAAGAACAGAGCAUCUUAUAAAAUCCCUGAGGAUGCAAACUGCGCUGAAACUAUGUCACAGCUUUGACAGCCCCUACCAGUCAACAUUGACAACGUCCACACAAACCUUUUAUGAAUGUUAGAAGUCUUUAUUCUGUUUUCUC